AUGGAACAACCUACAUAUCGAGAUUUCCUCAUUCACCUUGAACAAGCCAACUUUCAAGCAGCUAUAGACCUCGCUGAUGAGCUUGAACUCGACAAAGAUCUUGCCUACAAAGCUCACUGGACAAAACAGAAACAAACACGCGGUUUACAACUCCAAGUCAAAGAUAUUGAACUCCUCGCACUUGUUCAAGACCACGCUUGGGUUAUUGGCGAGUGUCUUGAGGUCUGUGCUAACCAGCCUCAAGUACAGAAAAACAUCUUGAAACUAGGUCAGACACGUGUCAAUAAACUCACAGAGCCAAUUCUUGCUACACUAAAGCAAGAUACAGCUUUAUCACCAGCGGAUAAAACUUGGCUUCGAAGCCGACUUUAUUUCUUGCAAUAUUUAGAUCGUUUCGAAACAUUUUCAAAGAUUUGGGCAAGUCAGGAACAACAACAACAACAGCAGCAGGAUUUUGCUAUAGCUUAUGUUGAAUUUAGAGACAGUAACUUGAUAGCCAAAGCCAUUGAAUACGCUAGAUCAGAAAACCAUGUUGCUCUAGAUGCUAUUUUUAUGCAUCAUGGCUCUGAAGUGCUCUUACAGCGUUUGUUUAUUUUAUCUCAAAUUCCAGAAACGACAGACCCAAGCAGAUUUGAUUUGCCUCAUGUCACAUAUGAUCAUGAAGAUCGUUGGCUUGAAGAACCAUGGCGAAAGGAUCAAGAUCCAGUAGAACAAGAGUGGGUCAAACAAAUGAUCAGCUUAGAGGUACAAGAACAACAAGACUAUUUAAGCAAAUUGCAAAAUGUCAUUCCAAGCAUAGAGUAUCCUACUUCAUCCAAAGUCAUUGUCGAUUGGUAUAUGGAGCGUGCUCAUGCUGCUGAUCGUAUUGGUUUAAGUAGCCAUGCAUUAGAAAUCAUUCGAUAUGCUCAAGUCAUGGGCGUCACAGGCAUUGAAUCGCAAGUAGCAGAAUAUGAAUGGCUUUGUAAAUACGUCUAUGGGUCAUUACGUGAAGACAGUUUUGUGAACCUAGAGGAGUUCAACAAACUAUCUAGUUAUCAAGUAUUAGAAGGCUUGUUAAGCAACACAAAUGCAGCAACAAUCAUAGAUGAUAUGCUUCGACUAGCAUUGCCUUGGAUUGAAGUAUCGAAGGAUAGACAAGAUCACGAAUAUGUACUCUGUCGAUGGCUACUCAGUUCCAAAGUAGUAGAUCAGCAUUUAGAUUGGUGUUGUGCUGUACUUGAGAUGUCCAAACCAACAGUACCCUUAGAAGAUAGAAUUAUCAAGGAUGAUCUUGGCCUUUCUCGACUUGUGCUUGCCAUUGUGUAUUCUGGUGAUGGACCUAUGGACUGUUUAGUCCGAUUGUUUGAAUGCCUACCUAUAUUCAAUGACAUUUCAGAAAGACUGGAUGAGCCCACAGACAUAAGUACCUUGGUGGAUUCUUCCUCUGCUCUUGAUUUGUUCUUUAAACUCCAGUCUGUUGGUCCAUUUGGCUUGACUCAAAUGAUGGACACACUUCAAAAUCACUUAGGGUCUGCAGAAGUGCUGGCUAGAUAUCAUGCAAGCGUGCCUCUUGCUUGGUUCUUGCGUGAUCAAUCAGUCGAUGCUCAAAGACAAUUGUGUAUUCGCAUGUCUUCAAGAGCUGCAGGUGGUGUCGAAACAGGUGCCAUCUUAUUUGAUCGUGACGAUGACUGGAGAGAACUUUUAGAUGAUAUGCUUCGACUAAAUGACAAUGGUCAAGGCAUUUUUGGUAAAUUAGAUCCUGCUGAAAUUCUCGAGAUCUUUUUCAGCUCUUUGUUACGAUGUGGUCGGUUCAAAUUGGCCAAAGAAUUACUUUUGGGUUCUAAGAAACUGAUGGAUAUUACCAAAGCAGAACAAUUAGUGAUUGAUGCUGAACGAGAAUUCUUUGACAAUGCAACAGUAGGCAAUAUGAAUUCUGGUAGCUUAAAACAAGCUUGGGAUUGUUUGUUGAUUUUACCACCUACAACGGAAAUCAAAAAAGAAAUGGAUCUUGUGGAAGCCACGCAUGCUCUUAUUACUGACUACAAGGUGCAAGAUCGGCCUGGGAUGACACUCAUGCCAAUUCAGAUCAGACAAUCCAAAGAUCGACUUGAACUGAUAUCCAAGCUGAUUCAUACCAAGCGAGACAUGUAUCGUCGUCAUGAGCAAGUGUUGACACUUGCGUCUAAACUCGGUUAUGGUGAAGACUUGUUGGCUAAAGUAAAAGCUCUCACAUUAAUGGCAAGUGCUGCACUUGUAGAGGAAGACUAUCUUGAGUCUUACAAGCUAUGUCAAAUUGCUGUAGAUGCUGCUCAAAACGCAAAGACUGGAAAACCAAAGAAUUACCAUGAUCAAGUGAAUCAGAAUGCAUGGCAGAUCUGCCUCAAUUUGGGCAAAAUAGAAGCCUUUGACGAUGUAAAUAGAAGGUUGGAUGUGCUCUCGAUGGCCAUGACAUUAAGCCCACCUGAGAACAUCCGUGAUGUUUUAGCUGUAUGGCGUAAACUGGAUCAAGACAAGCCAGAUCAAAUUAGUCUGGCACAGCUAAGUGCUGAUAAUUCCAAUUCAAAACAUGAUGAAGCCAAAGGAUGGCAAGGUUUAUUACAGAAUGCAACAAAGCAAUGGAGCUUGGGUGAUCUAUUAACUAGUGGUGAACAUGAACCAAAUGGUAGUAAACGAAAACGAGAUAUUCUUCGUAAUGCAGUGGGUGGAUGGUUAUUUCAAUAA